ACGACAUUUUCCGAUGCCGAGCUACGGUGGAGGCGUCGCAGAAGCAGCUGCGGGUUCCGAUGGCUCUCUCAAGUUUAGAAAGCCAAAGGUUCGUCAAGUCAGUUCGAGGUUUUUAAUGUCAUCAUCUUCGUCAGUUGAGAAUGGAAAUCAAGCAUCCCCAAAUAUUUCUGAAACCCUAAAUAUGCAAAAAUCGAAUUCGUCAUCAACCUCCAAUACGAGGAAGCAUAAUACUCUCGAGAAAUCAGGGUUUUUCCGCGGGCUUUGGCCAUCGUCUUCACCUCCAAACCAUAAGCCGGAUCACACCCUUGCUGAUUGCAUCGGUUACGAUCGGGCGAGAGACGAUAUCGAACAACGGAAGAGCAAAUCCAAGCGCGAACAGCAUCCGUUGUCCCUCAACCGACAGCGGAGCUGCACGGAAUUCAGCAGAUUCGACGAGAACGAGAAGCAAUCAUCAUUAAUUAAUAAGUCUAAGGAGAAUCACAAUCACAAGCCCAUUUUCGGCGGUUCCAUGAGGUACACCGCGAGACUGAAGCUCUCCACCGCAAAAUCCUCCGACUCAUCCUCGGAUGGAAUCAUUCCUGGACGAUUUUCAGUGGACGAGAAUUCGCUGAGGAAGAAAUCGUUGGGAUCGGCAGACGACUCGGAAUCGGAGUACAGCGAAGAAGUCUGCUCGAGCAUGGAGGCGGCCGCGGCGGCGAAGAAUAACCAAACGGCGUCGUAUUCGUAUAUGGCUUCUACUGUGAGUUCAAGGAAGCACGGGAUCGAUGUUCCGUCCAAGUACCUGUCCAUGUCCAACUCCAACUCAAAGCGAUGGAGCUCCGAUCAGAAGCACGAAAACAACAGCACUGACAGUUCGCCAAAGUUGUUUUCAGCCAAGAAGGGGGGGAGUUGGGCAUGGUCGUCUCCGGGUCGGGUCGGGUCCCCGAAUGCCAAAGUAAUUGCGUUGACGAAUUCGAAGCCUCCGACGAGUCCUUCGCGGGGUAAAAGCGUGGGCAAUAUUUUGAGUUACGGAAUUGAGCUGUUGAAGGGGAAGAGGACAUCAUCAUCGUCGUCGUUGUCGUCGUCGUCCCCGCUUGGGCCUGCAUCGUCGGAGAGUGUGCAUCAAUGGAGGCUGCUGCAGUGUAGAUUGAUGCAAUGGAGGUACGGAAAUGCGAGAGCUGAAGCCGUCAAUGACAUUACAAAGAAGCAGGCCGAGGAGAAGCUGUUGCAUGCAUGGAAUGCCCAAAUGAAGGUCCGCCACUCUAUGCUACAGAAGAAGCUGCAGCUGCAAAGGGCCACAUUGGACUGGAAACUCAACUGCAUACUCAUCUCCCAAAUGAAGAGACUUGAAAUGUGGGGGAAUAUAGAAAGACAACACUCAUCUGCAGUUUCGUCCACCAAAGACUGUCUGCAUUCUCUGGUUUGUAGGAUACCACUCAUCCAUGGAGCAAAGGUAGAAUUAGCAAAUGAAGCAGCAUCCAUUGUGAGGCACGCGUCAGAUGUAGUUGCUGCAUCCAUCCACUCCAUCUCCAUCUCCAUGCUCACUCAUUUGAAUUCGCCUGAGUUUGAGGAGACGGUGAGGAUGGUAUCAGAAUUAGCAACGGUAGUAACACGAGAGAAGUUGCUGUUAGAAGAAUGCUUCGAUCUUUUUGCAAACUAUGCCGCUCUUGAGGUAAGAGAGAGGAGCUUGAAGAGUUGCAUCAUGCAAUUGAAUUUACAGCAGCAACAACCACACCCACAACAAAUACAAUACAAAUAA